CGUCAGUUGAGUGAUGUGAAUAUCACUACAGAACCCACAGCAACAUUCAUUUUCAUCCCCCAAAAGAUUAACUUACCGAUUUUGCCCCUGCUAGAUGAAGGAGUGCUGCACGCCAAAGCCGUGCUUGCCGUACAAGCACCCAGGCCUUUUGUAGGAAAAAGCCAUCCUCUUGGUCUUCGACUUGAUAGGCGACUGGACAGUAAUGACGUCACACGGAGUCAAGAGCACGUGGUUGGAUCGGAUCGGGUCGAGUUCGGGCUCGGGCUCCACCCCUUCGGCGACGAUGACGUCGUCUCCGUCUUCGUCGCCAUCGCUGGUGACGUCAUCCCCAUCGAAGGAGUAGAGGUCCUCGUCGUCGGACUGAGACGCGCUGACGAGCUCCCACGUGGACAGAUCGACGUCGUCGCACCAGCCGGAGGUGGCGGAUCCGCCGAUCCUGGCCGUGGAUGA